AUGAGGCUCGCUGUAAUAAUUCUCCUUCUAUCCACACUUGUGUGCCAUUUUUCCCACGCUACAUUUAGCGACCAAGCGAAGGCACUGUUCUUCCCACCGAUGACCACGCUACAGGUCACGAUGUGCACCGUUACGAACGGGCGGCUGUUUAAGUCCCCGAAAAAAGAAUACCCCGUUCGACGUUUGGGCAUCAAUUUGGGGUUUCAGGUUAACUAUAACCUACCGUUCCGGUUGAUGGACUUCUACAAACCGGCGUACUGGGCACGGGCCCUCAUCGGUGUUGUGCAGGGCCGCUUUAAACCGACCACCGUCGUGUCGGCUCGCGAUUUCAAACGUUCGGUAACACAUCCGAGUUCCGAUCUGACGGCCGGUCAGUUGUACCGGGCGGCGGAAGAGUUGCUGCAAGCGAUGGAGUUUGGUUCCGACUGUUUGGCAAAGAGUGUCUGCGAGCUGGCUCACAGUCCAUUCCAUCGGGCAGCUGAUCGGGAAGAUCUGCUUAUGGAGGUGACACAUUUUUUGCUAACCCCUUCAUUUCAUAGAUCGUUUGGAGAAUCGGAAUACCGGGACAGAGCUAAGUACGAAAUGGCAGAAAAUCUUGGAGUGAGUGGAGCCGACUGCGAACUUAUUUAUACCAACUGUCCAAAGUCGUUGUUAGAACAUUAUUCUAAAUUUGAAUAA